AUGGAACCAGAUCUCUUCGCUGAGAUAGUUCUGUGGAUGUAUCGCAGCAAGCAUUCUCUUGGGGGACUUCAAAGGAAGAAAAUGAAUUUCCUACUGAAAUUGUGGCUCUUAGCCAAGAAUCUUGAGAUCCCGGAGCUACAAGACUCUUUGAUGCCGCUCUUGAAGGGACGAGCCGAGGAAGACACCCGAGAGAUUCUCUGCAACGAUGCAGUCGGUCUCAUCUACACUCAAACUUUGCCCAACAGCCCUUUACGGCACCUGGUGGUAGAUAUCUACAUAAAUGGUUCCAAGGCGGAGCGCAAAGCAAUGAAUGUCCAGGAUUCUCCACGUCAGUUUCUUGAAGAGGUCUGUUGGACCCUGCCAGACGAAGGGAAAGAAUGGAUCGGGCUUCCAUUACCUUCGCUCGACCAAACAAAUCGCUACUAUGUCAGUCAUUUAUUGGCACAGACAGUAUAUGCCGGUCUCCGAGAAGAUACAGCCGAAAUAAGGCAGCCUGCAACCCCAGCACAGAUGAGGUCUAGAAAAAUCAAAAACCUUCCAACCCGCCAAAAAGGAACGCAUUCAGUACAAAGAUCAUUCAACAAAGGAAACGAAGCUGAGGCAUCUGGAGAGCUGCCGCAAAAUUAG